AGAAUGCCGUGGCAGUAGACUAAUGUCAAGUUUGUUUUGAUUCCCGGAAAAAUUGUUUAUCCAAGUUUAUUGUGGAUUUUCUUGUGUUUUUCCUUGAAAUUCCCACGGAAAAUGAGCACACCUACCUUCCAGAACUACAGAGAACAGCUGACGGUUAUACUGAGGGAAUCCUUCAAGGAACGUAAAUUUGAGAAGCUCACGGAUGAUUUUGAUAAUCUGGGAGAAUCCCAUGCGGACAAGAAGUCCAGCUUAGAUCAAGUAUUCAGAGAUGUCCUCCUGCUUGACCAUGUAAACGAUGUUAAAGCCGUGGAGGAUUUUAUAACAUUCUCAGCAAAUGCUGCCCGGAAUGACAUGGUCUCAGUAACAAUUCCUGUCAUCCUCCUGGGUGAUGUAUUCGAUGCAGUCACACUGGAUCAGUGUGAGAAACUCUUCACGUAUGUGGAGAACAAUGUGGCCGUGUGGAAGGAGGAAGUCUUCUUUGCGCCAUGCAAAAAUAACAUCCUAAGGAUGUGCAAUGAUCUCCUCAGGAGACUCUCCAGAUCCCAAAAUACAGUCUUCUGCGGCAGGAUCUUGCUAUUCCUGGCCAAAUUCUUCCCAUUCUCCGAGAGAUCGGGACUGAAUAUCGUGUCAGAGUUCAAUCUGGAGAAUCUCACAGAGUACAGCACCGAUGGGAAAAAUGAGAAUCUCGCAGGGGAUUCUGUGGAGACUCAGCUACAAAUUGACUAUAAUUUGUACUGCAAGUUCUGGGCCCUUCAGGAUUUCUUCAGGAAUCCCAAUCAGUGCUACAACAAAGUCCAGUGGAAGACUUUUAUGAAUCACACAUCCAGUGUUUUGGCUGCCUUCAAGGGAUUCAAGCUGGAGGAGCCGAGGGAGGGAGGAAGUCGUGAGAGGACGGAAAAAAUGGAUGUUGAUGAGUUGGAUGAGCAAAAUGUGCUGGAUCCGGACAAAAGUGCCCAGCACUUCUUUGCCAAAUUCCUCACAAAUCCCAAACUUCUUGCCCUUCAGCUGUCAGAUUCCAACUUUCGGCGAUCUGUUCUCGUGCAGUUUCUCAUAGUCUUCCACUAUCUUCCGUCUCAAGUGAAGUUCAAGAUGGACAUGUAUACUCUGAGUCAGGCUCAAGUGGACUGGAUCAAGGAGACUGAGGCCCAGGUUUAUCGGUUGCUGGAGGAGACGCCGCCAAAUGGGUCAAAGUUCUCCAAGAGCGUGCAGCAUAUGCUGCAGCGCGAGGAGAUGUGGAAUAAUUGGAAGAAUGAAGGUUGCAAGGAAUUCCAGAGGCCAGAUCCUCAUCCCAGUGAACCUGGGAAGGUGCCAUCGUCCCAGCGGAAGUACAAGAGACUCCUGGGGGAUUCGAUAAAGGAAGCCACGAAACAUGGGAAGUUCUACAUGGGAAAUCCUGAAUUGACGAAGCUCUGGAAUCUCUGUCCGGACAAUUUGCAGGCCUGCAAAGGAUCUGAUAGGAAUUUCCUGCCAUCACUGGAAUCGUACUUGGAGAAUCCCAAGGACAAGAAUGAUCCGUCGUACGAAUGGAGAGCUCUCAGGUUGAUGGCCAGGCAAUCUCCUCAUUUCUUCACCCUCUUCAACACUCCCUCGUACAAAGUCAGUGACUACCUGGAGAGUGUCCGCAAGAAGAUCCAGAAAGAUCGUUCAGAGGCUAAGCAAGAGCCCAUGGAGGAAGUUCUGCCGGUGGUGGAACAAAUGGAGGCGGAUAAUGACAAUUUCGCCGAUGAGCAGGAACAGAUUGAGGCGGAUUUGCUCAAGACGGAACAGCUGACGCCCGAGGAUAAGAACAAUCACAAGCCUAAUAUGAUAACUGGGGAUCAGCUGCAGGAAUUGGCACCGAUUAUUGGGGCUGAUUGGAAGAAAUUGGCCAACAAAUUGGGCUAUCAACCUGAUGAAAUUCUGUUUUUCGAGACGGAAAAUCCCACCGCUUCAGCUCAGUGUCAUGCAAUGCUGCAGAUUUGGUUUGAUGACGACAUGGACGCUAGCCUGGACAAUCUGGCCUACAUCCUCGAGGGAUUGGGAAUGCUGAAAUCCUGCGAAACGGUCAAAAAAUUCAUUGGCAGCGUCGAAUAAAAGCACAUUCUCCAUAACUUUUCAUUUUCCGCUGAAAUUAUACAAAUAAAUAAAUUUAGAAGAAAAAA